GGCUGAAUGACAUAUUGUCAUUUGCUACAAUGAAUAGCAUAAUAAAAACACAUCUUCAACGAUGUUUAUCAGGUACAUUGAUAAAUGGCGUCAAACAUUUGUGCCAACGUAUGCCGAAGGCGUACGGCUCGGAGGAGGUGUAUCGGACCCACAUGCUGAAUGGCAUCAGGGUGGCCGCGGCGAAGUCGCUCGGCGCCCAGCUCAGUGCAUGCACUAUUAUGUUCCAAGCGGGGUCCCGUCUCGAGCGUGAUAAUCAGCUGGGCGCAAGUCACUUCGUACGCGCCAUGUCUGGGAGCUCGGGACACGCGUACUCGGCGGUGGGUAAGGGGCGCGUGCUGCAGCAACGCGGCUGCUACCUCACAUGCUCUGGCGACCGCCAGACCCUCGCCUUCACGUUGAGAUGUCCCUUAACACAGUUUCAUGACCUCAAGUACUUCCUCAUCGACACUGCCACCAGGUGUUGCUUCUACGAAUGGGAGGUAACCGACAUAAAGCCAUUCGUCAAAGACAAUUUGCUGCGUAUGAGCUCCGAGCAACGUGCAAUAGACUUGGUGCAGAAAGCAUUUUGGGCAGGUCCCCUGCACCAGUCCAUAUUCUGUGACGAGGCCAGGGUCGACACCAUGACCUCUGCCAAUCUCAAGGAGUUUGUGACUAACUUCACACCGAACAACUGCACCGUCACCAGCUGCGGAAUACCAUUCGAGGACACUCUGAAGUUGGCUGAGAUUCUGCAUCUACAGUGUGUGCAAGACGUGUGUUGUGAACAAGAACAAAAGUUCUCGUUCCCUCGCGGUGGCUACGAGUUGCACGAUCUCGGCAGCGGCAGCGAGACUUGCCUCAUGAAGCAUGCCAUCCUGGCUGCGACGUGGGAGAUGUUGUUUGGGCAGAUCCGCGAGCGCGCGCUGGACAAAAUCGUGCGCGACAAGACGCCCCUCGGCUGCCAGAGUGACGAACUCUAUCCUACCUACGANCUCUUCAACGUCUCUUAUAUGGAGACUGGAGUAUUUGGAGUAAUUGCAAAAAGUCAUUCAACGAAUGCCAAUAAAGUGGCUAUCACAGCAGCGCAACUGUUGGCCAACGUUGACAAAAUUGAUGUCGAACAUAUUAGCUACGGCAAGAAGCGACUUAAAUUAAAUCUCGCUAUAAAUGAAGAAAACUGCGUUAAUAUAUCUGAAAAUCUUGGACUGCAAAUGGCUAACAAAGUGCAUAUUGACGGACCGUUAAAUGCUUACAAAGUCAUAGACUCCAUUCCUAAUGAAGAGGUGCUGCAGCUGGCGAAAGAUAUUGUAAGCAGAAAAAGUGACAUGGCCUUUGCAGUUGUUGGCGAUGUCGAUGAAAUUUCUCUAAACGAUUUAUAUGCCUGUAGACGCUGAGUACUUAUGAAAAUAAAUAAUUUUUGUUAUUGGA